GUUUCCAAACGGUCCCAACGUAAAAUAUGUCGUAUAUCAAUAUUCCAGAGUCCAGAGUCCAGACUUAACAUAUAAGUACAGACAGUUGUUAAUCGCGCGAAAGGUGAAACUACUGAAACUAUUUCAAUAUUUCAUUGAUUCAUUCACAUUCACGACAUUAACGUAUACGCCAUCCGGUAUCAAGUCCGAGUUGACCGAUUGACUAUAUAUAUAGUAUAUAUAUUAUAUUCUUGUUUGAAUUUUGUACCUAAGGUCUUUUUUAUUUUUUUGUAUUUUUUGAAUGUUUUCAAAAUGGAUGUUUCUAACGAAGAAAUAAAUUCGUCGUUGUCGAACAAAUCGACCAAUGCUGAAAGUUCUGCUACACUUAUCAAACAAGAUCUUAGUUUGAAUUUGUCAGUUAAAAAAAAAGAUGAAUUGAUUAUUGAUGACGGAUUAAAAAUUAUGAUUAUUAAUCUUUAUAAAUCCAAAAUCCUGGAAAAGACUCCUAAUUGACAUUAGAUGAUAUAAUGCUAUAUUUAUCAAAAACAUCCGGAAUUGGGCUUCGUUUAAUUAAAAAGGUUGUGAACGAGUACAGAGAGUCCAAAAAAACGGGUUAUGUGAAACCAUUACCAGACAAAAAGAAUAAUGACAAACAAGUAGACGAUUCCAAUAAAAUUGCGAUUAGAAAAAAAAUCCAUGCAUAUUGGUCAAGACGUGAAAUACCUACGAUACAGAAAGUUUUUAAGUCCAUUAUGAAAGAUUCAGGCCUUCCGAAUAUAUCUCGAUCAUCAUUUUAUCAGGUAUUAAAGGAGUUGAAUUUUAAAUAUUCUAAAAGUAAACAGGAUAGAGCAUUAAUCGAAAAAGAAGAUCUCGUGUUAUGGCGACAUAAAUACAUUUCGGAUAUACGACGUUAUCGAAGCGAAGGUCGAAAAAUAUACUAUUUAGAUGAAAUGCUGAUAAGAGCUGAUUACUGUUUUAACGAUACACGUGUGGUAAGAUCAUAUACAAGACCGGAAAAUAAUUCAAGAGACAAAAAGGAGUGUUUGAUAACUUUUCAUAUAGGUUCAACCGAAGGCUUCGUUGACGGUGGUUUUAUGUGUUUUAAAACGAAAAAAAACGCAACCAAUUACCACGAUGAGAUUAAUAGCAACUUAUUUUACGACUGGUUCCGUGGAGUUUUGUCUAGAUUAGAAGACAACUGUAUCAUUGUAAUGGACGAUGUUCCGUACCACUCUCUAAAAAAGGACCCUAUUCCCACAUUGGAUUGGAGAAAAGAAAACAUAAUAAAAUGGUUAGUGUCUAAAAAUUGUGUUGCCGAUCAAUCAAUGAUCAAGUAUCAAUUAAUGGAAAUGGUAAAUCAAAUCAAACCACUUUAUGAUAAAAAUGUAAUAGACGAAGAAGCGUUAAAAACUAAUAAGGUGGUCUUACGUUUACCUCCUCUCCACAAUGAACUAAAUCCUAUUGAGUUAGCGUUGUUGACGGUAAAAAAUCACGUAAAAACAUACAAUAAUACUUGGAAGUUAUCUGAUGUACAGAAGUUAAUCGAAGAAGGGAUCCAGCUCCUUACUCCCGACAUAUGGUCCAAUUUCACCAGCUACUCAAUCGAGGAGGAAAAUAAAUUGUACGAUAUCGACUUCGCUGUUGACGAAGUAUUAGAUUCAGCUUUUGAUCAGUUUCAAACAACUGAAGACAUUUCUUCAGACUCGUCCUGAUUGAUAUUAUGUAAGCAUACUUAAUUAUUAUUUUUUUUUAAUUGGUAAUUGUAUGUAUUAAUAUAUUUUUAAUAAUUUUUAAAUAAGUUUUAUAUAUUUAUGUACUCAAUAAUAAAUAUGGUCCUAAAUUAUUACAAAUAAAAAAAAAUUAUUUGAUAUGUAA